AAGGAGACGACGCUCGAAAAAUCCGAUUCAGCAAAGUUUUCUACCUAGAGUGCCUACACCGAGUUUUCAAUUUCAUUUAUUUUAUGCCACCUCGCGAGCUGCUCACAGUUAUCAGUUGACUCGUUUAGUUCGCCAUGGAUUUAAUGAAGCCAGGCGAAUCGGUGCUGGUCAUUUUGCAACCGACUGAGCAGCGAAAAAUACAAAAUUCGAAAAAAUGGAUCCAGAGGAGUGAAGUUCUUGUCCUGCUGAUGACCGUCAAUCUCGCCUUCUCAGCUGGACUCUUUUUCCAAUCGAUGGCCGAGCGAAUCGUGUUUUCUAGAGAGGUGGUGAAAGCGAUGAAAAAAGUGGAUAGACUUGAAAACGAAUUGGUCAACGCCACUAGCAUGCAAGAUCAACAAAUUGAAAAGCUAAAAAACGACCUUCUCUGCACCAAAGUCCGUACGGAGAACAAACUCACAACAAUGAAAAGCGGAAAUUCUUACUACUUUCAUAACGAUUCUAUGGUCAACUGGACAGAGGCUAAGAAAUAUUGCGAGCAUAGCGGAAUGCACCUGGCCACGAUCGAAGAUGAAAAUGAGCUCCAAAGCUUCUGGACUAUAGACUAUUUUUGGUUGUCGGCGUCUGAUAUGGGGCAAUCAGCCGGGCACUUUCUGUGGGGUGACGGAUCUGAACUGGAGCACAUCAGCCGUUGGUGGAAAGAUGGAGAGCCGAAUGCAUUUGGCGCCGAAAGAGAGGCUUGCGUUUCAAUCUACAAGUCAAAACUCUUUGACCAGCCAUGCAGUUAUAAAGCUUUUUUCGUCUGCCAACUUCCUGACUCGUGCAAAUAACAUAAUUUUAUUUUAAUCAUAAAAAAAAAUUUAGAUUGGUAAAUUAAAUUUAAAUUAACUUGUUUUUAACUAAAUUUAUAAAAAUAAUCAAAUAAAAUUUUAACUUAUAAUUAACAAAAUCAUUACUUUUCUUU